CCCCCCCUCUUUUGUCACUCAGGACUCUGGUAGCAGACAAAGGAGACUCCAUGGUCCAGUGUGCCGACUUCAGGAGCUGCCUGCCUACCCACGAUGCACCUGUGUCCUCGGGACCACUGGCUGUUAUGCAGGGACGCAACCUCAACGCCGGGCGGCUGGCGUCCCGCCUCUCCUCCACCCCCCACCACCUACAGCAGAGCAUGACGCUGGCCUUCCUGGAGAACCAGCUGACGUCGGCUCUGACGCUGCAGUCGGCGGCGGAAUACCGUCACUGGCUGCUCAUCUACGCCCGCUUCCUCGUCAGCGAAGGCUCUGAGAAUCGUCUCCGAGAACUCUGCAAGGAGCUGCUGGGUCCCGUCCACAAAUCAGCCGCCACGGCGUGGGAGCCCAGCACGCUGGGCCUGCGGAAGCGCGAGCUGCUGCGGGAGGUCUUACCCGUCAUGGUGGAGAACCUGAGGUUCCAGAGACUGUUCACCGAGUACCAGGACCAGCUGGAGCUGCUGCGCACCAAAUAACACACACACACACAGCUGGACUCAUCGUGAACUCUGACCCCUCGUGUCCUCAAUGGGGCGAAAUACAACAACACACACAAUGCUGCUGUUGUUGUGAUGAACUUUGAGACAGUCGCUUCUCAGAGGGAAGAAGUGGUUGUUCUUCUUAUUUCAAUCUCACUUUGGGGUGAAAGAAUUAAAUCUCCAGGAUGUUGUUGAUUUAAUGAACGAGUUCAUCGCUCUGCAGAGUGGAUCCAACUUCAUCUCUACGGCCAUUUUUGUUCGUUUUUAAAUGUUUGUACAAGGCAGACUUUUUUUUCAACUUUCUAAAAGAACAGAAAUGUGCAGAACUUUUUCUUUCAAAGAAAUAAAGUAAACAAACAGUG